CAGAAACUCUAAAUAGCCUGUAGCAGUUUUAUUAUUCAUCCUUAUGAGUUUUACAGGGUAAAUCCCCGUGACUUUAGUCAACGUUACGUUUAUCAGUGUAUACGUAUCUUCAAAAUGUAUUCGUGUGACAGUGCCUGACAUGCCUACUUAGUAACAAACGAGAAUGGAGGGGAUAUUGACUAUUGUGGGGUUCUACUGCAGUCUUACAAUCAACUAUAACAAUAACGUGUAACUUGAUCACAGUCACCUCGCCCAUGUCUACUUGUCUGACAAUCUACUCUAAUUGAGCAAUUGGUGCACUCCAGAGUAGAACCAAGCGUCGCGACGCGUGCGUCUUGUCAUUUGUUAGAACCAGUUUCAUGUCCGAUCAAUUGUUUGCCGAUUUGUCAUAUGUUAACCGAAACAAAGCAACAGCUGAUUAUCAUUUCUCGUAGCUACCACGCGUACGACCAUGGACUCCCCGAGAUAUCACGAACUUAGUCGAGAAUCGACACGAUAGUCGUGGUCACCACAAACGAUACUCACUAUCGGAAUUACAAGCUUUGCCGAACGUCGUGGGGCACAAAAGCGUUUACGAAGUUUAAAAAUACAGUGAAUAGAACAUGUGGUUUCUGACAGUAUUCCCUGUGCUCCUAUUGGCUAUACACCUUCCAAAUAUCAAGUCUGAAUGGCACGGCGACGCUGGACCCUGGGUUAUAGCUACAGAAGGUGAAGUAUGGCCGCGUCCAGCCAGAAAUUGGACCUUCGAUGAAUUUUACCUCCUGCGAUACUCAAAUUUUCAGAUACUCUACGAUGGAUAUUGCGAUAUAACAUUGCGCGCUAUCCACCGUUAUACGCAUAUUAUAUUUGCACAUACACGUAGUGCUAGGAAAGUGAAUAAGAAUAAGCCUAAAAAAAAUUUUUCGAAUGAUCCAGCCUUUAAGGGAUUUAUCAAAACAUUAAAUAUUGAAGGUCCAACGUCAGACUGUAAGGAUCUUCUUCCAACUCUAUAUGCGGAUGAACAUUAUGUUUUAAACAUUAAUAGAACCGGUGACGAGGCUACACUCUCUAGUGAGACUACUUGGGGUAUACUCAGAGGAUUAGAAACCUUCAGUCAACUCCUAACACCUUCCGGUUCCGGUGCCUACUUAAAAAUUCGACGACAAGUUAUUAUCGACGGCCCUCGACUUCCUCAUCGUGGCUUACUCCUGGAUACGUCGCGACACUAUCUACCUCUGGCGGAUAUCCGCUUAACCUUGGAUGCGAUGUCUUAUAACAAACUGAACGUGCUGCACUGGCACAUAGUGGAUGAUAACAGUUUUCCUUAUCAGAGCGAAACUUACCCAAACCUAAGUAAAGAGGGUGCAUAUCAUUCAAGUAUGGUUUACAGUAUUGCCAAUAUAAAUGAUAUAAUUCAAUAUGCACGUCUUCGUGGCAUCUGGGUCAUUCCUGAGUUCGAUACACCUGGUCACACUAGAUCCUGGGGCAAUGCCUAUCCUGAACUGUUGACAACGUGUUAUAACUCCACUGGUCAACCAAACGGUCGACUCGGUCCAAUCGAUCCUACCAAGGACUCUGUGUACAGCUUCAUCUCCACUUUGUUCACUGAGGUUGUUCAGGUGUUUCCUGGGAGUUAUCUUCAUCUUGGAGGCGACGAAGUACCGUUCAGUUGUUGGGCCAGCAAUCCUGAUAUAAUAAAGUAUAUGGAUUCACAGAAACUGGGUCGAAACUUUGCUAAACUGGAAGAGCAAUAUAUACAUAAGGUUUUAGACAUUGUGUCUGCACUUAACACAACGGCUAUUGUUUGGCAAGAGGUUUUCGAUAAUGGGGUCAGCUUACCAAAUUCAACGAUAGUUCAUGUAUGGACCGGCUCGUGGAAGACGGAAUUGUCCAAAAUCACUGCUGCCGGACAUCCGGUUCUUCUUUCAGCUUGUUGGUAUCUGGAUCAUACUGCCGAAGGUGGGGAUUGGAAGAAAUUUUACGUCUGUGAUCCAAUGGACUUUCCUGGUUUCAAUACCAGCCGGUUGAUGUUGGGUGGAGAAGCCUGUAUGUGGGGAGAAUUUGUGGACAAGAAUAACAUUCAUCCGAGGAUCUGGCCCAGGGCUAGUGCAGCUGCUGAACGUCUGUGGAGUGAAUUUGCAGAUGAUCUUGAUACUGCAGCUAGACGAUUGGAGGAACAUGCCUGUCGUAUGAAUCGCCGGGGAAUCCCCGCUCAGCCACCAAACGGAUCUGGUUUUUGUGUCGUUUAAAAAUGCCGCCUCUUUUUUAAAACCUGAUCUAAACUGUUAUAAUGUAACGAGUAAAGUAAAAGUGUACGUUAGGUUAGGUUUAUUACGAAUAAAUAUUUUUUUCAAUUAUA